AUGAAUGUCAAAGGAUCAGAUGGGGUGAAAUUUAAUGCCGCCAUGAGGUGGUCAAUGCAUCCAUCAGUCUUGGAAAUGUUCAUGGGAUCUGUAAAGGGAAAGAAGCAGAGUGAAGAAGGUACCUUGAGCAUCUCUGAGAACAAAAGCGGCAUCAAACCUAUCAUGGCAGCUUUAAACCUCACUCUCUCUAAACCUUUUACGUUCUUCCUGACAGGCAAAGAGCAGAGCCUGCACACGCCGAUGUACUGGCUGCUCUGCAUGCUGGCACUCACCGACAUCAGCACUGGUACUUUGGUUGUGCCGAAGACUCUGUGUAUAUUUUGGUUCAAUUUGAAAGAUAUAACUAUGGCUGGCUGCCUCACCCAGAUGUUCUACAUUGACACGGUUCAGUUUAUGCAUUCAGCCAUCCUUGUAAUAAUGGCCUUUGAUCGCUAUGUUGCCAUAUGUAUCCCUCUGAGAUAUGCCACCAUCCUCACCAAUGCACGAAUAGCUAAGCUAGUGGUUGUAGGUUUGAUAAGAGCUGUUCUUUUUGUUCUGCCCAUGCCCCUGCUCGUGAGUAGGCUGCCGUUCUGUGACAACCGCCUUAUCCCCCAAACAUACUGCAAUUUUAUGACUGUGGCGAAGAUCUCUUGUGGGGACAUCAAAAUCAAUGCAGUGUAUGGUUUGGUGAUAACUAUUGUAAACAUUGUCUUAGACGUGAGUCUCAUUGCCCUGUCAUAUGGUUUCAUCGUCAGGGCCGUUCUCAGAAUCUCUUCCAAAGAAGCUCACGAAAAAGCCCUCAGUACCUGCACCGCCCAUGUCUGUGUAAUGUUGUUACAUUGGAUUCCCUGCCUCUUCUCCAUCAUGACACACCGCUUCGGUCAGGGCAUCGCUCUCCAUACUCACGUCAUCUUGGCCAACCUCUAUCUCCUCGUCCCUUCCAUGCUCAACCCUUUCAUUUACGGAUUGCACUCCAGAGAGUUUCGUGAGAAGUUGGGCAAAUACAUCAUCAAGAGGUGA